GAGGAGUCACCAACUCCACUGUCCACUCCACGGGUGAGUCAGCACCAAUUUGUGCGUCAGCCCAUUCUGGAUCUCUCACGGAACAUACCGGGCACUCCACCACCACCUCCACCAGCACCAGCUCUCAGCCAAUCGCAGCCGCAACAACAGAAGACGCCCACUGGCCAACCAGCCAGUGGCAAGCCUGAGCCUCCACUCAGCCUCCUUCCGCCGCAACCGAUGGGUCUGUUAAAUCUUCUCAAACAAGCUAGAUUGAAUCCUACUGCAAAUGGGCUUUUGGGCUUGAAGCAGACUCAGAAGGUGCUUCGGGCACAGAGCACUUUGGGUGCUACUGAAGCGGAGCGUGGCAGUAGUGGAUGGUUUGGCUCCAUGUCAAAUCCUCAAGAGGAUGCUGAGGUAGAGAAGGGCGAAAUGUCUUCGUCUAGCUCUUCCUCGUCUUUGGUGUCCGAGGAGGAAGCGGAUGACAUUAUUACUGCUCCUGACGAUUGUCGAAGUGAAUCGGCAUUCAUUCUACGACCUCCCCCAGGUCCCAAGUUGAAACGGCGGCUAGCUAAGCCAAGACCCGACGAAAUUAUCCUCGUGGAUGAUGACGACACAGACGAUGCGAAUGGAGGUGGUUGUGUUUCCACUCAGGUUUCUGAGGUGCUUCGGCUCCAAGCCGAAUUGGAUCGUCUUGCAGCUCAACUCACAGACAUGGGCUCACGAACUCCCCUCCCAGCUAAGGUUACCAAUGGUAAAAGUGGCAUCGGUGGGGUUCCUACUAUCACUUCUACCCCACCUUCCUCACCCUCUACUGCCUCUACACACUCCGACUCCUCAGUUUCUUCCUCCCAUUCCCACUCUGACGAGAAUUCGUCACCUCCCCAACGCCGUCGUCGUCACAGGGGCUCCAGCUUCCGAGAUGAUGCAGACAAUAGACGCCAGACAGUGUUUGAAAAGAUCCCUUCAGAUGAGGUGGAAGGUGAAGUGGAAGUAGAGGCAGAGGAUCUGGCGAACACCGCAGAUGUUGACGUGGACAACGAGGAAGAUGAGGAGGUCCUGUUAAAGGAUCCCGAUGCGGAGGACGAGGAUGCUGACGACGAUGAUGGCGAGGUUGAGGUAGUCGAAGAAGAGGGUGAACAAGGUGCACUGGACGAGGAGGAGACAGAACAUGUGAGGUCCACUCUUUCCAUCCUUCGACCUUCUAGAAAGGACGAUCUGGAAACUGUAGGAGGGGAAGAAAACACCUCCAAACAGAUCUCUGAAAAUGGUGGUGGGAAACUUUUACGCAGACCCGAGGCACCCCCAGUUCCACACAGGGACACCUCUGCCUCACCCCCACCCCUACCCCCUAGAUGUCAGCCGCCCCUUGACACCAACGCUGCUCUUGAUGGUAGUGCUGGUGGUGAUCCAGUGGCGUGUUUUCCCCUUUUUACGACCUGUAUCAAUGGGCUGCAGCUGCAGCUGGUCAGCUGCUUUCCUCCGGAACUGCUGACCGAGGCAGACCCACGUAAAGACCGCUCGCAGGUGGAUGGGGAAAAAAUUGACGAAAAGAGCAACAGAAGAUACUCAGCUCCUCCCAGCUACCUUGUGCCAAUGUUGUGA